UUGCAAUUUUCAUAACUAUUAGAUAAUUUAUUUCUGAAUAUAAAUGUACAGCAGACUUAACAAAACCGAUGAAAUGAGUGGAUUUGGCGAUGGUCCAACUAAGAAGCAAACCAGGAUCUUCUUUGUGAUCUUUUUGAUUGGAAUCAUAGUAGGAUUACUUGAGUCAAUCCUGGCAUUUAUUCAAAAUACCCAUAUCUUAGGAUUUCUUCUAGGAGGGCUUCUUUUUAUUCUAUCCUCUUUUGGGAUGGUAAGACUACUCAAAUUUAGAAAUAUCUUUGGAACAACACUUGCGAAGUGUAUUACUGUGAUCAUUUUAUGAGUUGUGGUCGCCUUGAGUCUUUUAGUGAGCAUCUUCGUCUUGAUCAAGCUUCUCAACUUUAUGACAAGCCCAAAUAUGAGAAAUCUUACCAAAAUGGAUGCUAUCGAUAUUGAAUCAACGAGUUUUGAAAAGUUGAAUUUGUCAGAAGAUGAAUUCAGCACCUUUGAUUUUGGUGAGGAGGAUCUAAAUAAAGUUGCUCAAGCUGCCCUGGAGUGCUUGACACCUCAUACUCAAUCAAGGAUUCAGCUCUAUGAAAAAACUGCAAUUAGCGCUACAAUCCACGCAACAGAUACUGAUGCCUUCCUCGGACUUGUAACUGAUACAGGCUUUAGUAUCAACCUUAUAGCUACUAAGAAAUGGGGAGGAGUUUGUCAGAAAAGAAUUACUGGGAAGGAAAUAGGAGCUUACGAAAAUUGUAUCGCUCCUAUAGUUGUCUGCAUUCUUGGAAAGAUUCAGUAGGUUAAAUAAAUUACGAAAUUAAAAAUUCAAC